AUGGCGUCAAAGAUGGCCGCUACAAAAGAAGAUGCCAGCGAUGAUAUACGCAAUGAAAGCAAUGGUACAGACAAUGACAGCGGUGAUACAGACAAUGAAAGCGAUGAAAGAAGCAAUUCCAGUGAUGGUAUAGGAAAUGAAAGCGAUGAUGCAGACAAUGAAAGCGAUGAUACAGAUAAUUACAUCGAUGAUGAAGACAAUGAAAGCGAUGAUACAGUAACAGACAAUGUCAGCGAUGAUACAGAAAAUAACAGCAUUAAUACAGACAAUGGCGAUGAUGCAGACAACGAUAACGAUGAUACAGACAAUGAAAGCGAUUAUAUAAACGGUGGUUACGAUGAUAUAAACAGUGGCAGUGAUGUUAAGACAAUGACAGUGAUGAUAAAUGCAAUUGCGACGAUGUUGUUUGUACCUUAA